UGAAUCCUACCUCCUUUUGCCUGCGUGCUCUGUCUGCUCUCUCUCCUUCAGUUUCUUUGUCUCUCUAUAAAUAAGUAGAAAACCUUUCUUUAGUUCAGAGAGCAAAGGUCCAGGAGAAGAACGAUCUUAAGUUUUUAUUUGUGCCAACUAGAAGUACUUUGUGGUAGGCCAUCUGGAUUGGAAGAUUUCCUCAGAAUGUAAAGUAUGUCGUGAGAUUUAGAAAACUGGGAUUUGCUCUGGAACUAUCUGGGAAGGCAGCAGGAAACGUAGACAGAAUUGGUUUAUAUUGCUUGUAACGUAGGUGGCAAGAAUGGAAGACAGCUUGCCUGGUCUCGCUUCAGUGUGUGGUUCUUCUGCACUUAUGAACUUCUGCACUGAUGAUAGUAUAUCUGCUGCAAGUACUUCUGAUGUUCAAGAUCGCCUCUCAGCUCUUGAGUUACGAGUUCAACAACAAGAAGAUGAAAUCACUGUGCUAAAGGCAGCUUUGGCUGAUGUUUUGAGACGUCUUGCAAGCUCUGAAGAUCAUGUAGCUUCAGUGAAGAAAUCAGUCCCAAGUAAAGGUCAACCAGGCAUUCGAGAAGCUAUUUCCAUGUCCUGUAUAACCAAUGGGAGUAGUGCAAACAGAAAACCAAGUCAUACCAGCUCUGUCUCAGUUACCAGAAAAGAAACACUUUCAUCUGCUGCUAAAAGUGGUACAGAAAAAAAGAAAGAAAAACCACAAGGACAAAGAGAAAAAAAAGAGGAAUCUCAUUCUAAUGAUCAAAGUCCACAAAUUCGAGCAUCACCUUCUCCCCAGCCCUCUCCACAGCCUCUCCAAAUACACAGACAAACUCAAGAAAGCAAGAAUUCUGCUCCCACCAAAAGCAUAAAACGACCACCAGCAGCUGAAAAGUCACAUAAUUCAUGGGAUAAUUCAGAUGAUAGUCGUAAUAAAUUAUUGAAGGCAGUUUCAACAUCAAAAUUAAUAUCAAAAGUUAUUAAAAAUACAGAUAAGCAUAAAGAUGUCAUCAUUAACCAAGCAAAAAUGUCAACCCGUGAAAAAAACAGCCAAGAAGGAGACUAUAUUAAAAUGUUUAUGCGAGGUCGGCCAAUUACGAUGUUUAUUCCUUCUGAUGUUGACAACUAUGAUGACAUCAGAACAGAACUGCCUCCUGAGAAGCUGAAACUGGAGUGGGUAUAUGGUUAUCGAGGAAAGGACUGUCGAGCUAAUGUUUACCUUCUUCCUACUGGGGAAAUAGUUUAUUUUAUAGCAUCAGUAGUCGUACUAUUUAAUUAUGAGGAGAGAACUCAACGGCACUACCUGGGUCAUACAGACUGUGUGAAAUGCCUUGCUGUACAUCCUGACAAAAUUAGGAUUGCAACUGGACAAAUAGCUGGAGUGGAUAAAGAUGGAAGGCCUCUGCAACCCCAUGUCCGAGUAUGGGAUUCAGUUAGCCUAUCCACGCUGCAGAUUAUUGGACUUGGAACUUUUGAGCGUGGAGUAGGAUGCCUGGAUUUUUCAAAAGCAGAUUCAGGUGUUCAUUUAUGUGUUAUUGAUGACUCCAAUGAGCAUAUGCUUACUGUGUGGGAUUGGCAGAGAAAGUCAAAAGGAGCAGAAAUAAAGACAACAAAUGAAGUUGUUUUGGCUGUGGAGUUCCAUCCAACAGAUGCAAAUACCAUAAUAACAUGUGGUAAAUCUCAUAUUUUUUUCUGGACCUGGAGUGGCAAUUCACUAACAAGAAAACAGGGAAUUUUUGGGAAAUAUGAAAAACCAAAAUUUGUGCAGUGUUUAGCAUUUUUGGGGAAUGGAGAUGUACUUACUGGAGACUCAGGUGGAGUCAUACUUAUAUGGAGCAAAACUACUGUAGAACCCACACCUGGGAAAGGGCCGAAAGGAGUUUAUCAAAUCAGCAGACAAAUCAAAGCCCAUGAUGGCAGUGUGUUCACACUCUGUCAGAUGAGAAAUGGGAUGUUAUUAACCGGAGGAGGAAAAGACAGAAAAGUAAUCCUGUGGGAUCAUGAUCUGAAUCCUGAAAGAGAAAUCGAGGUUCCUGAUCAGUAUGGAACAAUCAGAGCUGUAGCAGAAGGAAAGGCAGAUCAAUUUUUAGUUGGCACAUCACGAAAUUUUAUUUUACGGGGAACAUUUAAUGAUGGCUUCCAAAUAGAAGUCCAGGGUCAUACAGAUGAGCUUUGGGGUCUUGCCACACAUCCCUUCAAAGACUUGCUCUUGACAUGUGCUCAGGAUAGACAGGUGUGCAUGUGGAACUCAGUGGAACACAGGCUGGAAUGGACCAGGCUCGUAGAUGAACCAGGACACUGUGCAGAUUUUCAUCCAAGUGGCACAGUGGUGGCCAUAGGAACGCACUCAGGCAGGUGGUUUGUUCUGGAUGCAGAAACCAGAGAUCUAGUUUCUAUCCACACAGACGGGAAUGAACAGCUCUCUGUGAUGCGCUACUCACUAGAUGGCACCUUCCUGGCUGUAGGAUCCCACGACAACUUUAUUUACCUCUAUGUAGUCUCAGAAAAUGGAAGAAAAUAUAGCAGAUAUGGAAAGUGCACUGGACAUUCCAGCUACAUCACGCACCUUGACUGGUCUCCAGACAACAAGUACAUAAUGUCUAACUCGGGAGACUACGAAAUCCUGUACUGGGACAUUCCAAGUGUCUGCAAACUAAUCAGGAAUCGAUCGAAGUGUAAGGACAUCGAUUGGACGACAUACACCUGUGUACUAGGCUUUCAAGUCUUUGGUGUCUGGCCAGAAGGAUCUGAUGGGACAGAUAUCAAUGCACUGGUGCGAUCCCACAAUAGGAAGGUGAUAGCUGUUGCUGAUGACUUUUGCAAAGUCCAUCUGUUUCAGUAUCCCUGCUCCAAAGCAAAGGCUCCCAGUCACAAGUACAGUGCCCACAGCAGCCAUGUCACCAACGUCAGUUUCACUCAUAAUGACAGUCACCUGAUUUCAACUGGUGGAAAAGACAUGAGCAUCAUUCAGUGGAAACUUGUGGAAAAGUUGUCUUUGCCUCAAAACGAGAUUGUAGCGGAUACUACUACAACCAAAGCCCCCAUCUCUCCCGGCGAAAGCUUUGUGCAAUCUGACACUCCCACACCACCUCCUUCCCAGCCCUUAAAUGAGACAGCUGAAGGCAGAAUAAGCAGCUCUCCCACUCUUCUGGAGAACAGCCUGGAACAGACGGCCGAGCCCAGCGAAGACCACAGUGAGGAGCAGAGCGAAGGGGGCAGCGAAGACCUCGGUGAGCCUGUUUGUGAAGAGCCGUCUGAUGAGAUGAGCAAGGAGCAGAGUCAAGGCGCUUUUACUGAGGACCAGCAAGACCCUCCGCCUCUGUCCUAACACCGGGGCUUGAGUGCGUGUGGUCUUGAGGUAGAGUUCAGGUAACAGGCUGGGAAGUGAUGGAGAAUCACUAUUGACCAAGAUUUUGGUUUCCAUGUGAUCUGUUUUCUUCAAUAGUCUUACCUUCAGUCAAUCAGAUGCAGCCGACCAAAAGGUUCAUUUUGGUGUGUGUUGCAGAUUAACCAAACUUAAUAGUAGGAAACUUCAUGUUCUGAAACAUUAUGUCUCAGAAAUUACUGCAUAUGUAAGUGGUAUGAUGUAAAUACUGGAAGCAAAAACAGCAGUUGUGUUGAUUUAAAACAAACCCCUUGUUAUCUGAACAUGUUUUCUUCAACCAGAGGCAUCACAAAUACUGUUACUCAUCUGCUGGCUCAGACUGUGCUAUUUUCCUGAUGCAGAAAAAGAAAUCAGAAAAAGAAAAAAAACUCCCUACUGAGAUAUCCUCCCAUACCAAAUGUGUAGUGGAAAUUUUUGUUAGGAAAAACUCAGUAUUGCCACAGGCAGUGGAGUUGCCUUCUUGAAUAACAACGCCAUUUCCGGCACUGCCGGUAGAUGUCCAGGUGUGCUUGCGAGUCUACUAUACAGGUGCUGCCUUUUCUAAGUCAUAGCGAGGAGCAGUCUCUUAAUUUCUUGUGUGCAAAUCUAUUUUAUCUUAGAACUAAGAAAGCAGUGGUUUGUUACAGAGCUUUUAAUGUAUAUGAAACCAUUGAUACUCAGAAAUAAUGGAUUCCUCCAAGGAAUCCUUUACUGGCCUGAACAUUUUUAAAUGUUUGGCAUUUGUGGGAAUGGAAGGAAAAAAAGAAACCGCAUGCCUAUAAAACUAAACUGUAAUAAUUACUAGGCUAAUUUUAACUUAGCCGUCAGCAUAAUUUGUUUCCUCGGUAAUAGGAGAAAUAUAAAUACAGUAAGUUUAAAUGAUUGAAUUGGUGCUUGAAGUUCAUUGGCCUAGUUGUAAUUUUUAUACAGAUUAAUUAUAUUGAGGGGUAAGAUACUCAGCAAACUGCAAAUUCUUUUUUACAGAAGUAUGAAUAACAGUCCUAGUAAUUCUUUUUAUAAGUUGCGUACUUUACAUGACUUGCUAUAUAUGGUAAUUUUUCUCUGGUGGAGUUGCUAUAAGCCUUGCAAUUCUAAUGUGGUUAUCCUUUGCUAGUUUGGGCAAUGCAUGUAUUAUUAUGCAUUGGAUAGUAGUUUUUGGUGGUGGUUGUUUUUUUUUUAAGUUUUGUCAGAUGACGUUUUUCUUAAGUAUGUAUUUCCUACUUUACUGACAAACUAUGCAUUUCCUAUAUGUUUGUUUAUACUUGGAUUAUAAAAAAAACUUUGUUUUAUUUUUUAA